AUGUACGCUCUCCCAGCUCCAGAUGCACCCCUUCAGAUUGAAUGGCAGCCGGUGCCUCUCCAACUUGAUGCCACCGGGCAGACACAGCUUGUUAAGAAGCCCAGGACCGCUCUACAGACCUACAUUCCCGGUUGUGAGCCUGCCUGGUAG